UUUUUUGAAGAUAUUUUUUUUUCUUUUUUUUCUUUUCUUUUCUUUUUUUUUUUCUUAUCUUAUUCAAUAGAAACUUUUAUUUAAAUAAUAUGAACAAAUAUGAUCCAAUGGAAGAAGAUAGUUCAUCAUCAUCAACAUGGACCAAUGAAAAUGAAUCUUUAUUAAACAAGCAUUCAUCUGGUAAAGGGAAAGCGACUCCUUGGCAUAUCCUUGGACCGAUCUUUCUUGUCACUUUUGGUAUAGGUGCAUUAAUGGCUCCAAUGGUACAAUUUUAUACAGAAAUCUUUUGCGAUAGGUAUUAUGAUACCGAGACUGAUGCUAGUUAUGAUGUAUUCGGUUGGAUGAUGGGUAACAAUAAUAGUAGUAAUAGUGAUACCCUUCCUGAUAUCAAAGAUUGUGCUAUUCCUGAAAUUCAGCAAAUUGUUGCGACGGUUCAAGGUAUCCUUAUGUUUCUCACUUCUGGAAGUUCAUUAUUGGUGGCAGGUUUCUAUGGUUCAUUAUCUGAUCGACAUGGAAGAAAGGUGGUGUUUCAAAUCUUCUCCAUUGGUGGUAUUCUUACUAUGCUUUGUUAUAUUGCAGCUGCCAAGUCAAACAACCUGAUUGGUGUAACCUUGCUUAUCUUGGCACCCUUGGUACGCGGUUUCCUGUCAAGUGAACAUAUCGUUAUUGCUGCUAUCCAAGCUUAUAUCUCUGAUUGUACUACUCAUGAAGCACGAACUGUUGCUUUCGGUCGAAUGAUGGGUGCUACUUAUGCUGGUGUGAUCUUUGGUCCAAUGGCUGCAAGUUUGCUUAUGGCGAAAACUGGAACAGUGGUAUCUCCGUUUUAUCUCGCCUUGGUGAUCCAUUCUAUCAAUUAUCUUUAUAUUGUGUUUUUCCUACCUGAAUCCCUGGAUGAACAACUAAUGAAGAUAACAAGAAGAAAUGCAACUGAACAGCCAAAACCCAAGUUCUGGAAAAGGGUGAACAUUUUCUCUGGAUUUGGUAUUUUCUUCAAGGCAAAACCUCAUCAUAUUAGUCGCUUUGCUUUACCCAUUCUCGCCACCAUUCAAUUCUUGACCUCCAUCGUCCUUCAGCCUCCUAUUUUACUUUAUGCUAUGUUGGAAUUCAAAUGGACAGCAUAUGAAGGUGGUUUAUUGGUGAGUAUUAUGUGUUUGAUUCGGUUCACUGUCAUCACCAUCGCACUGCCUUAUUUGAAACGUCGAAUGAAUACAUAUUGGACACAACGAGGACAUCACAAUCACACUAUGAAUGACCAACAAAUAGAAGAUUAUAAGACACAUCAUCGUAUCCUAUUUGAUACCUGGAUGAUUCGCUCUGGAUUGGCUGUGGAUGUUACAUGCUUGAUUUUGGCCGCCUUGGCAACCACUGGUAGUUCAUUUGCUUUCUCCGUUUUCUUGAAUAGUUUCGCUGUUCUGGCUCAUCCAUGUUUGAAAUCUUUGUUUACAACUUUGGUGGACCCUUCUGAAAUUGCUGCUUUAUUAUCUGCUCAAGCUGUGCUGGAAUCAAUUGCAGCCAUUAUAUCACAAUCAGGCAUCAACCUUAUAUAUAGUGCUUCUGUUAGAACAAUGCCAAGUUUAUUCCUUUACGUUUGUGCCUCAAUUAGCUUUUUAGGGUUUGUAUUGGCCUUCCUCAUCCAUCCCGUCAAAGAUCAAAACUCACCAUCUACUCCAUAGUCAUUCUUGUUUAUUAGUUAUACAUUCAUUUAUAUACCAUUGUUGUUGUUGUUGUUGUUGUUUUUUUUAUUACUUUUAUAUCUUUUUCUUUCUCUCACCUACAGUAGCACCAUUCUAGCCAUUCUGUUAUUAUUUAUAUUCCUUUCCAGUUAUUAUUCUUCUUUAUCACCAUAUAGAUAUAUUGAUUUAUACAAGCGAUGUAAAUAAAUUGAAUGAUAGUUUUGAAUUA